AUGGCAGUAUCAUGCAGAUGCAGAGGUCGGAUUAGCCUUCGAGAGAGACUUCGAAAAGGAAUUCCGCUUGGUGUUUUAUCCCUUCGCAACGAAACGGUAAGAAGAGAACCUAGGCGCCACCGUCUUUGGUUUUGUAUCGCAGGGAAAAGAGGCACAGGGAGGAACACACUGGCCACUCGUUUUAAUGCAAUGGACGGAGACGAGUUCAUGCCAGGUGAUGUUGUUUUUCGGAAUGUAUACCGAUUCACCAUCGAUUUGAGUAAUCGACCGGAACUGAAUGAGUCUGGACUUGUUCAUGUCGGAAUUUUAAUCGAACCUCCAUUUAGGGAAGGAGAAAUCAACGAACACCUUUUUGAUAAUGUCCGUGCAUUUAUUUUUCUGUACGAUGUAAGCGAUUUCACAACACUAGAUGAAGCUAACGUUUUGUUUGAUAAUUGGGAGAUGGCUUCAGGUGAAAAUAUGCAACCAUUCAUAUUUGUGGGGAAUAAAAGUGAUCGUAGAGAAAGUCCACAUGAAUUUCCAGUAUGUAUACCGUAUUGGUAUGCCGAGACUUUGGCAGUGGAGUUGGGUGCACUCGGAUGCUAUGAAUGCUCUGCGUUAAGGAAUACUGGCGUAGGGCCAAUAUUAGAUAUGAUCCUUCGAUUAAUAAUUAGGUGA